AUGCUUUCAGUAAGUCUUUCACUUCUGGCACUUUCGUCGGCUACUGUCGUUUACGCACAAGCUGCUGGUUAUGCUCAGUGUGGCGGAGUAUCGUGGCAGGGUGCUACCACUUGCGCUGCUGGCUACACGUGCACGGUUUCUAGCGAAUACUAUUCACAAUGUCUCCCCGGCUCUGACUCAGCCUCAACCACCACCCUAGGGACUGGAAGCGCAACUCCCACGUCAUCAAGCGGCAGCAGCCCAACCAACGGCCCAGGAACAACCCUCCAAACCGGCUACUACUGGAUCCGCGCAGUCGAAGACCCCAACUUCCACAAAUACCUACAAACGAGCCCCGAAUACACACCCGGCACCGCCCUCCUCGCCGACUACACCACAGCCGGCCAAUUCCAGAUCGUUGACGGCCAGCUCGUCGAACUGAUCACCGGCGGCCUGCUAUACGCCGUUGUGGAGCCGCAGGCGAACUCCACGGUGAGCAAGUUGAGUCUGAGUUUUGGCACGGAGAUGAAUACGUAUGGCACGUUUGCGUUUAGUGGGGAUGCGGUGCAGUGGAGCAUUCCUAGUAUCAGCAGGCCGAAUCUGAGCGCGUGGUUGGUUUGUGAGAAUCAGACCUUGUGGAUUAACCUGGGGGCGUAUGCGUACAUGACGCCUGCUGGGUGUGCGGAUGAGACGAUACAUUACUAUAAUGGUGCAACCGCGGUUUCUUGA